GUUCUCUGUCUCCUCCUCCUCUCUGACCCUCGGCUUGCCUUUGUGUUUGUCUGUAAACCAUGGGACUGUCGGUGUUUUGACCAGAGGCGGACCUGAUGGUUUUCAUCCCGCACAGCAGCGCAGAAGAACAACAGGAACUCAGAGAAGUUUCAGAUCUCCAUCUGCUCCGGGCUGGAACGGCCGCCGACAGGAAGACGACAUGGACUCUGACUCGCUACCAGGAAGCCCUUCCUGCGGCCUCACCAACCGGAGCAGCAGCUUCUUUAAGCUGAUUGACACCUUUGCGCUGGAGAUCGGGGAGCUGAAGAAGGAGAUGGUCCAAACGGCGCCGGCUCUGGACAAGGAGCCACUGGAGAUACAAGGGCUGCAGGGCGGUGCUUUUCUGCAGCCGCUGCGCUGCAGGGGGUCCGUGGGGGAAUGGGACUCUGGUUACGACUCGCUGCGGAGGAGGAUGAGCGUGUUGGAGCGGCUGACUCAGACUCAUCAGGUCUGGCUGCUGCUGGCGGUCAGCGAAGACGAGGCCUCCGACAUUCUGCUCAAACAGCCGCCAGGGGUGUUUCUGGUCAGGAAGGUUCUGCAGAGGAAGGUUCUGUCCGUGCGUCUGGAUAAGGAUCAGUCAGAAAAUCCCAUCAGCCACUUCAAUGUCAGAGAGAGUCAGUACUCCUUUUCCAUGGAAGGAUCUGGGAUCAGUUUUGCAGAUCUCUUCCACCUAGUGGCCUUCUACUGUGUCAGCAGAGACAUCCUGCCGUUCACGCUCAAACUUCCUGAGGCCAUUUCAUCUGCAAAGACGCAGAAGGAGCUGGAGGAGGUGGCUCAGCUCGGUGCAGGUUUCUGGGACUCUGCGCUGUGCAGCCAGCGGCGCUGCUCGACCCCCCCUUGCCACCGCCUGAGCCGGACCCUCAGCCCCCAGCGCACCAAACGGACCGCUGAGGUGGAGGAGUCGCACCAGAGCGCACCUCCCACCUUACAGCCGCACACAGCCCCUCCCGCCGGCUUCCAGGACGCCGCCCUCCCCACUGGACCGCUGUGCUUUGUGACGCCCCUGUUCCUCCAGACCCACAGCCGCGACCCCGACCCCCCAGAAAAAGUUGCCGACUCGCCGCCGCUGAGCAGCAGCAGGUGCGCCAAGCCGGACCUGGAUCGGACCAAGCUGAACGGUAAACCGCGCUCCCCGCCUCCUCGCCCCCCUCCCCCCCGCUCAGCACCGAGCAGGAGGCCCGCUCCGCCGCCGCCCGGACCUCCUCCGGCAGUUUCCAGAACCAAGAGCAUGCCGGUCGCCGCCAAGGGGCAGCAGCCGUCCAGCAGGAGACCCGCACCGGCACCGCCAGCACUGGGCGGCAGAACCAGCAGCUCAACCAAAAGUACCUCCUCACCAAACCGACCGCCUCCUCGACCCAAAAUGCCCGAUCUGGAGGCUCACCGCUGCCACAUCGCUCUGGAUGAUGAAACCAUCGCCAAGGCUCUGUCCCGCGCUAACCUCCCCACCUGCCAGCCCCCACCUGUUGCUGAGGAGCCGUCACGGAGCCUGUCCGGUCCUGAUGAGAGGGGCCGGCAGCGGUUCAGCGACAUGAGCAUGUCGACGUCGUCCUCGGACUCCCUGGAGUACUCCCGGUCUCCCGGGUUCUCCCUGGGCCUGGCGCCCAGCCCGCCUCAGCACCCGGCGGAGGACACCAGCGAGGAUGACGAGGACGCGGAGGAGGAAGAGGAGGAGGACUACGGCGUCGGAAUGGAAGGGGAUCUGGAGUCGCGCCUCCGUCCGAUCCUCAAAGCCCGCAGGCGACGUGUCGGCGUGAGCCUGGGCGGCAGCUCCUUCGUUCUGCCCCGCUCCCUGAAGGGACGCUUCAGCAAGGUGGGCGGGAUGCUCAGCUCCCUGAUCACGCCGGAGAAACGGGCCGUGAAGCGGAUCGCCGAGCUGUCCCGCGACAAGAGCUCGUACUUCGGCUCGCUGGUUCAGGACUACAUCAACUUUGUUCAGGAGAACCGCAGCUGCCACACGUCGGGGAUGGACUUCCUGCAGACCGUGAGGCAGUUCAUGACCCAGAUGAAGGCUUACCUGCGGCAGAGCUCUGAGCUCGACCUGCCCUUAGAGUCCCUCAUACCCGAAGACCAGAUUGACCGGGUUCUGGAGAAAGCCAUGCACAAAUGUGUCCUGAAGCCUCUGAAGAGCAUCAUUGAGGUGAUUCUGCACGAUUUCCAGGUGAACAGCGGCGCGCUGCAGCAGCUCAGAGAGAACCUGGCUCUGGCUAGGACCAAGAAGCCCCAUGAGCUGGGGGUCGACGGGGCCGUGCCCCCCGACUCCGUCGCCAUCGAGAAAAUCCGCCAGAAGUUCCUGAACAUGAGGAAGAUGUACUCCCCCGACCAGAAGGUGUCGCUGCUGCUGCGAGUGUGCAAACUCAUCUACACCAUCAUGCAGGACAACUCUGGGAGGAUGUACGGGGCCGACGACUUCCUGCCCAUGCUGACCUACGUUGUGGCUCAGUGCGACAUGCCGCAGCUGGACACUGAGGUUCAGUACAUGAUGGAGCUGCUGGACCCGACGCUGCUGCAGGGAGAAGGUGGUUACUACCUGACCAGCUCUUACGGUGCCAUGGCGCUCAUCAAGAACUUCCAGGAGGAGCAGGCGGCCCAGGUUCUGAGCUCCGAGGCCAGGAACACGCUGCACCAGUGGCACCGCCGGCGAACGUCGCAGCACUCCGCCCCCUCUGUGGACGACUUUCAGAACUUUCUCCGAGUCGCCCUGCAGGAGGUGGGUUCGGGCUGCACGGCUAAAACCCUGCAGGUGCAGCCGUACACCACGGCGGAGGAGGUCUGCUCCCUCUGCGCCUACAAGUUCAAGAUCCCCGACCCCGAGAACUACGCGCUGUUCCUGAUCACCGAGGAAACGAGGCAGCAGCUCGCUGCCGACACGCACCCCCAGCAGAUCAAAGCCGAGCUGCACAGCCGGCCGCUCGCGCACGUCUUCCACUUCGUCUACAGGAGGGUGGACAACCUGAACCUCUGUGUCCCGACUCACAUCAACAAUGGGAACUGCCUUCAGAUGAAAUAGGGAGGGAAAGAUGAUUUGGCUGAUUUGGAAUGUUGGUGAAAACAGAUUUCAGGAUGUCUGGUGCUCUGAAGGACCUUUAAAUGUCUGCUGAAACUUUGAAAGAAGACAGAAAGUUGGAUAUAUAUGCAGAUGGAUGUGGAUGAGGGUAUGAAGGCCUCCUCUUUAAAAGUUACUCUUACUGCUGUCCCCAUAAUUCCUUCUGAAAAAACCGAACACACUGUAUGUUACUGAGAGCGGGCCCCAGAUGAAAACAUUAAAUGUUUAUUUAAUAAAUGAAAUGAUCUUUUGUGAAACUUGUUAUUAUUUCUCCACAGUUGCAGGUCAAUUGUGGGUUAUGUUUCUAUGUCUAAUUAUUUUUAUAUUCUUUAAAGUGACUAAAAAGAUUCUUAUUCUGAUGUGAUGCAGGGGCGUUGAUAGGAUCCUGAAACGUUGGGGGGCUCUGCCCAGAAAUAGCUGCGUUUUCAACAGCAGAAUAGAUUUCAAAUACUCCCAACAUGUUUUAGAUCUCAGCCUGCUGCUUUGCUUUUAUGAAUAUUAAUAAAACAGAAAUGUGUAAAAUGA